AUGGCUGACAAGGGGCACCGCUAUGUCGCUGCUCUAGACACCGCGCGCUGUCAGAGUAGAUGGGAUGAACUCCCCGAGCUCAUUCGAAAGGUGACCAAGCAUGCGUCUCAGAAGUCAUGUCUAUUGGAAGUAGCUUCGGCUGAAUAUCAAAUCGCCGCCGAAACCCAAAAACGAUCGUCAACUGCUCGGCCUUCAUCGUCCUCUACCUCAAGCUUGCCCGAACUGAUCCCGUCUCUUCUAUCCACGGUCGAGAGAGGAGGCGAGUCGAAACAAGACACCUUUCAAGCGCAGGUCUGCCUAGGAUGGGUACACUGGACACUUAAUGAACCCGGGUUAGCGGUGGCUCGUCUACCCCGGGACUUCGAGGAGACCAUAAACGAUCUUGCGACCGAGGGACCCCUCUCCCCAUGGACCGAGGUUUGUAUUGUGAAAGGCUGCUACCUCAAAGGUGCUGCUCAGCACAUGGUUUCUAGUGCCAUUGAGGCUAUCGACACCUUCAAUUCUCUCGUACCCUGGUUAACAAGCCACGGCGAAGCGUCCUCAAAUAACCCUCAGUUCCUACACUGGUCUGAAAAGCUACUAGGCGAAGGCGCAUUUCUCGCUUGCGAAGAAGCAAUUCAACAAGUCCCAGUCCUUGAUGGCGGAUUGGCGAAAACUGCCUUGAAACUAAGCAGACAAUGGUCUUCUCAUCCCCUCGUCAAGCAAGGAAUUAUAUCCCCUGUCCAGCAUUAUGACGGCGAUCGCGAGUCGAUCUCAAAGUCGGCAAUCUGGAAGUCUUACUACGGCCUUUUAUCUGCUAUUUUGGUCCAUGAACUGGAAUAUUACCCUCCGGCGAAUGGGUCGGCCCGCCCGCAGCUCUCUAGCGAGUUACGGCGCGUGGAAUCACUCUGUGAGAGCAAUCUCUUGCGAGAAGCCAAAUUUCCCACGGCCGACUCUCAGAAUACUCAGGUUGAGGAUUGGGUUGAGCAAGUGAUACAAAAUUGGGAAAUUCUUUGUGGGUCGGGCUGGACGGACGAUGAUCUCGGUGAAGGGGGUCAAAAUGCAGUUGGCCGAAACGUUCUCGACAUUCUUUACCGCGCAGCUACCAAGACAUACCAUUCACACCUAAUUCUCCGUCGACUGUUUCACGUUCAUUGUGCACUGGCCGAUUUUGACCUAGCUCUGAAAGCUCUUGAUUCCUAUAUUGAGAUUGUCACGAAUGCCAAAGAAAGGGCCGAGAAGGCUGCGCAAUAUGGCGAUUUAGAGAAUGAUGGAACUUUGCUCAGAACUGUCUCCGAGGGCAUUUCGAUGCUUUGCUGCUUUGAUUCGGCAAAGGAGGCCGAAAAAGCAAAGGGUCUGACCACUCUUCUGGCGAAAUUCCUCGAAAAACAUGUACAAGAGGACUUGGGUGAUGAUCAAGAGGAGGGAAGGAUCACCAUCAUCCCGGAAUCGAACUCAACUAAUUCUCAAGCCGUGUCGCCAUCUGACAUUGCUACGGCGUACAGAGGCAUUGGUAUUGGGCUGGCAAACUGGGCCCACUGGACUCCUAUAAACGAGGAUCGAAAUGACAUACGAGCCGAAGCCAUUGAUUAUUUGGAGAAGAGCAUUGCUCCUGAGCUGGAGGACGAAACUAACUUUUCUUCACUUUACACGCUUGCGCUUCUUCUGGCAGAAGAUCGAGACUUGGACGGUGCAAUCGAAUACGUCAAGGCCGCUCUAACAUCCAGCACCCACCCUGGAGCCAAUCAAGGCAACUUUUCCCGAGAACGUGACCUUGUACCCAUGUGGCAUCUUCUUGCGUUGCUGCUAAGCGCAAAACACGACUUCGAUAUCGCAGAGCGAUCUUGUGAAGCUGCAUUCGAACAGUUCCCAUCUGCCGUCACGUCUCUUGCACACAGUGAUCGACGACCGCAAAAGCAACAGAGCAAUUUUAGAGAGCGUCCUGGUUCUCCCGGAUUGGACCACGCCCUCAUCGAUCAGCUACGGGGCCGCGAAAAAGAGCGCAUUAUCGAGACCCGUAUGAGCCAGCUUGCAUUCAUUGAGCUCCUCGAGGGUCCAGAAGCUGCAGUUAACCAUAGUGACCAACUACUGGGGCUCUUUGCCACUCUCUUUGGUAACUUAAACCUUGAGCCCGACGAAAAGAAAACUUCACCGGUGGAUCAUCUCACGCCGCCGAAAAGCUCCGCGGGCACUGUGAAAAGCUUCCGCGGGAGCAUUUUUAGCCGGAAUAGGGGAUCUCGAGUCGGGGCCGAGCACGCAAGCAACAAUCAGUCGGGCAGUGUAAAUACUUCGAUGGCCCAGAAUGAGUCCUCUAUCAAUAUGGAUGGGGGGCCGUUCAUACAUGUCACGGACGAGGAUAGACAGGUGACUCAGGGAGCCCCUGCACCUGUCGCACGAUCCGAUUCCAAAAAGCUGCGAAAGCGUAGCAGUACCCUCAGGCAGUCCGAAGUUCUUCCAAGUCAACAAGCGGGUCAAAUGAACGGCGAGAUGAAUGCUGUCAACCCCCCGGAGGUUACCAGCCCCCCGGGGACACAGCAAUCGUCCGACGACGGAGGUCUAUCCCAGGACAUGGUGGGACUCGCAGUCUCGAGUGCCGAAAAGGAGCAAAGUGUGCAACAUUCAAAACAGUCAUUGCGCCCUGCUGCACAUAAUAUCGAUCACAAGAAGUACCCUUAUCCGAUAGGCCAUGCCCAGCAGCCUCCUGAGCAGGAUGUUCGAUUGCCAACCUCAUAUGGAUUCGAUUCACCCACCAGGGCGAUCACCAAGUUUCCUAUAGCCCAGGCCCAAAAACAUGCACUUUGUAUUCUCGUCAAAACUUGGCUUCUUAUCGCAGGGCUUUAUCGACGAGCGUCCUUGUUUGACGAUGCUCGCGAGGCGUGUGAUGAGGCGGCCAAGCAAGUUACGCGAUUCGAAGGUCUUUCUGCGGUGCAGGAAUCAUCGGCAAGGACCUUCACCGAGCGUGCGUGGGGCUCUCCCAAGAGCUCUGAAGAGCUUUGGGCUGACCUGCUCACCGAACAAGCGCUCUUGUCCAAAGCCCAGUCUCGUCCUCAUGACGCGAUGGACUACCUCGAAACUGCCUUGUUGCGUGAUCCAGAUCAUCCAAAGGCCACUAUUACCCUAUCCAAUUUCCUGCUCGAUAUAUGGGAUCAGAAACUGCCUCUUGAGCCUCCAGAGACAGAGCUCCAACCCGACUUGUCAACACCGUCCUUGGACUCGGCAACGAAACAAACCUUGGACCCCAAGAAACAAUUGUUGCCGACUACGGAUGCCAACGUUUCGAAGGGCGAUACACUGUCAUCUGCAAUCCACGACGAGGAGCCCAGACUGCUCAAUCGUAUUGCGGCCCGAGACAGGGCAUAUGGUUUGCUGUCAUCCUUGACCAAACGGGGAAGCUCUUGGGAUAACACUGAGGCUUGGUAUGCUCUUUCGAAAGCCUUUGAAGCACAGGGGCACAUUGAAAAAUUGAAAGAGGUGCUGUGGUGGUGUAUUGAGCUGGAAGAUCGACGACCGAUUCGGCACUGGUCCAACAUCGGUUCUGGUGUAUAUGUUCUCUAA